UAUUGCGUAUAUGAUAAUCAGGCGGCAGAGGCGUAUUGCGCUUCUCUGCCUCCCCGUGGCUACGCUGUCUCCUUAUGCGCCCGCCGCCGCCGCCACUUCAGAACUUCUUAUAUAAGUGUUAAAGCGGCCGCCUCCUGAAGAUGAACGCAUCUUGGCUUCGCAGUCCCAUCAAAGCACCGUUGUCGAGAUCGCCUGGGGAAAGGUAGCUGUGACCGGAGAGUAGAGCUGCAGGGACCAGCAACAGCAGGUCCUGCGGGUAUCAUGAGCUGCUCGGAUGUGGUGAGGCAUCAGGCGCAGGCGACGUGUCACCCGUCCCAGGUGAAAUUCCCCGCAGCAUCCGCCGCGUGUUCCACGAGUCCUUGUCCGUUCUCCACACCAGCUUUCACGUCGAGCCAACAGAAUAAAAUAGUUGUAUAUAGCAAGAUGCAAGAAACUCUGGAAGUGACACUUUCUAAUAAGCAAGAGGAAGAGGAAAAAGAUCAGCCUACUGAAAUGGAAUACCUUAAUUCUCGCUGCGUCCUUUUCACCUACUUUCAGGGAGACAUUGGCUCAGUGGUGGAUGAACACUUCUCAAGAGCUUUAAAUCAAGCUAACAACUUCAAUUCAGAGGCUGUUCUUUCAAAAACCAAAACAGACUUAUGGAGAGAGAACACAACAAUUGCAAAUCAAAGGAGGAACUUCCCAGCUUCAUUUUGGACCAGUUCUUAUCAAACUCCGCCUUCACCAUCUUUAAGUGGAAUUCAUCGUGAUUUUCCCAUUACUAUACCAAGCACUUUUUCAGUAGCAGAUCCUAACGGCUGGCCAGGACAUACGUUGCAUCAGACUGCUCCACCUCCCUCAUCUAACAUGCCAGAAUCUUGGCAUUAUCCUUUAGCAUCUCAGGUGAACUCUUCAUAUGGACAUAUGCAUGAUGUGUACAUGCAUCACCAUCAUCCCCGUGUACACAUGCAUCAUCACCAUCAUCCAACUUCACAUCUUGACCCACGGUACAGACCUCUGCCAGUCCCCUCAGUUUGUGCAGGCAAGAUUCCUCCACUACAGUGUGAUGCAAGGUCAGAUCCUACUACUGUCAGCUGUGCUACCUCAGCUUGGGCAGGAGCCUUUCAUGGGACAGUUGAUAUUGUACCAACGUUUGGAUUUGAAACAGCAGGCAUCCAACAUCAGGACAAAACUAAGGAGGCUUUAUGGUUUUGAAGUACAAAUGGACCUUGUAAAGAAUCAGCAUUAAGAGUUGCUAUCCUUGAGAAAUGGUUAUGGCACACCUUUUCCGUCUCUCUCUUUCUCUCUGCAUCUUCACAGCACCAAUAGACAUUCUGCUAAGCAGAUGCUGAGCCAACUGUAUCAUGUGACUGAUCCUUUAUAGCCAGCUACCUAUUUGUCAAUCUCAGGAUUGCUAAGUAGAAAUGAGAUGAAAAGACAAGAGCUGUUCAUCAUCCAUCAUUUGUCACCUGAAUCUGCAACAACAUUUCUGAUAUCCAUCUUUUUAUGCCACUAAAUAAGCAUUUAGUUUGGUUUGUGUGUUGGCAUCUAAUAUUAAUGCACAACCUGGAGAGGACAUAAUUGAAUCUAAUUGUUAACUUUUGGGAAUGCAUUUUGGUAGCUAUUUGUGACUCCUUUUUGAGGAAAUACAGAAAGUUUACAUAAAUAUUUACAGGCUAUUUUAGAACAGAUUUUUUUUUUAAAAAAAGGUUAAAUAAUUUUAAAGUUCUGUUUAAAGAACUUGCUUGUAGAGGUGCACUGUCAGAUGUUUUAAAUGCCUACUUUUAGUUGUUUGUGGAAUUCAUUGUUAUUUGCUCAAAUAUCUCGUAAUUGUUCACUGUUAGCUAUAUAGGUUCGGUCCUACAUAGAUAACAAAUUUUUGAAUGUGUUUUAGCUUCUUCUUAACAAUCACUCAUAUAUAAAAUAGUUUUCAUAGCUGUAGCAUCGAAAACAUGAGUAUAAGCUUUACUGCUUUUAGUGAAAACUUUGGGAUAUGGACAAUCGAUUUCAAAAUGUAAUCGAUGCAGAGCUUUGGACUGAAAAUCUAACUGCAGAGGAAGCUUUGUUCUUAAGUUUACACUGACAUUAAUUCCAUUUUUACUGUUGAGCACAAAAUACCUAAUGCCUAAUUCCUUUCAGCUUCAACCUAAAUUGAAACACCUAGUUGGGUGCUUUAGAAGCCACUUUAUAUUGCACUUGUACAUGUCUCUUUUUCCUCCUUGUUGCAAAUUAUUUGGAAGUUUCCUACUUAUCCCAGCCUUGAAAUCCAUGAUUAGGAUGUACUUUAAGCAAUCUAUGUAGCAUGUACAGUAGACUGGAAAGUACUAGGUGAUGCUGCAAAGAGAUUUGGUACAAGUACAGUUAUGAAAAUUUAAGCAAAAUUCAUCUACAGAAAGUCUGGCUUUGUUGUUGCUAAUAGCUGACACUGACUUGAUUAGACAUACAGGUAAUCCUCGAGUUAUGAAUGUAAUAGAGCCUGCCAAUUACAUUUGUAACCCAAGGAUUCGUUAAUUGAAUGACGUUAAAUUAAAUGCAUUCGUUAAUUGAUUGUGCAGGUCUUUAAGUGCACAUGAGGUAUCGGGGUGGGGUGGGGGGGGGAGACCAUGGGGGACCUAGUGCUGGAACAAGCCACCUGCUUCUGAGUCAAGCCUCCCUCAACCUACUGUGAUAUUUCAUGCUUCUCCCCCAUCCUGCCCCGCUGGGUCUCCACACUGGGCACUGGGCAUGUUUGCUAACCUCCCAGAUUCCAGUUGCUCCUCCCCACCCCAUGUCUAAUUGCUUACUUACUUUUCAAAGAUCUUCAGAUUUCCAGAUACAUGUGGCAGAAACAGUGGCUGUCUUUAGUCAGACACUAGUGAACAUUGUGAGAACUAAGGAAAACAGCUUUGGCAGCUCUGCAAGCCUGAUGAGACAAAUAAGCUCCACACUGAUUGCCUGCUGCUGCUGCCUUUGCACCCCAAUCCCUGAAGCUGCUCAUUUAAACCAGAAACCUAGCAGCAAGCAGAAGGCAUCUGCGGCACUGCCCAGGCUAGAACCAAACGAGACCUGCAGGGAUACUGGCCUCGUGGCAGAAAAGCAAUGGGGCAGGAUGGGGGACAAAAUAGGCAGGGGGCAUGUUACACCAUCUCUGUAGUCAGUCAUAAGGGUGAAUUACCACUGCAACAUACAUAACAACUAAGAUUGGGUUGUACGUCACUUUUUUUGGGGGGGGGAUGUCAUAAUUUUGAAUUGUCACUAAGUAAACUGUCAUAACUUGAGGAAUACCUGUAUUUAAUAACUCAAUCAACAUUCUGUUGAAUCAACUGUUUAGUUGAAUAUGGAAAAAAGACAUUCAUCAACAAUUUCAGUAAGGUCAGAGAGGAUAACAAUAAAUAUGGUAAGCUCAUCAUCAAAAUAUUAAACACAGUAUUUAAUGAAAUUUAUUAAAAUUGUGGUUUGAUUUCCUCAAAGUUACAUUUUAACUAAUUAUGGAUAUUUCUAAUGGAAAUCGUAGAAUGGGUUGUGUUGUAACCACAAGGGAAAAUGGCUUUUGUGAUCUGGAUUAGACUUUCUGUUUGUAACUUGAUACAUUUACAGAAAGCUCAGUACUAUUAAAUACUGGAAUAAAGCUGUUCUUUCU